AUGCGGCGGUAGAAAGCAUCCUGGUUUCAUUAGGUGGGAUGGGGAACCUCCUUCUAGUGUCUGGAGUAAGGAUGAUAAUGAAUCUCCAAGGCCCGAGCAAACCUGUGAUUCUCAUCUGCCUCAUGCUACCACCAAGUCAGAAAGUGGGUGGAGUCGCGAUGCGCCUUGGGCCGGUACUUGAAAGUGGAGUAGAACUCCCAAACGAACUCCGUGUAGGUGGAGUCUUUGGUGGUCAAGAGAACGCACCAAUGAGGGUGGCAGAUGGCGGCAACCAUCUCGUCGAGGCAGUGGAGUCGGUGGAAGACCCCAAACUCGAGGUGAUGGUAGCGUUGAAACACCCCGUUAAUGACCUUGGCGAACUGCUCAACAAAAUCGAUGUGAAGGCUCAGGUCCAGCACGUACGGGUGAUAAAGAGAAAUGAUCCUGCAAAAUAAUCAAACCAAAGGUGGAACCAAGAUAAAAUCUCAUUAGGACCGCACGCAGGGGCUAUCCAAUUCCCCCACACUUAAGGAUCACCUAGGCAAGCAUUCUAGCACAAAGUGGCCGCUUCGCAGUAAGAACACGACAUACCAAACAUAUUUCAAGCAUGGAUCAUGGCCAGAACAUAUCAAACAUGUAAUCAGGCACCUAAUCCGCAUAUCAGAAUCAUCCCUCGCCCUAUCCUAAUUCAAUCAUGUCAAUCAAUUCACGGUUCUCGGGCCUAACAUCUACAGUCCGAUUUUCCAGAAAUAUAAAAAAAUACUAAAAAAAUUUACGCUUUUCUCUUCGCCACUUUCUCUCUCUAAACCUAUGUUUCUUGCUCUAGAACUUGAUUGUCCUCCAAAAAACCCAAAAUUCACAGCUAAGAGCUGCAGCUCGCGAUACCUGCCCAAAUACCCGGUCGGGCAUUCAUGGGGGCCGGCCAGGUAUUUUAAAACGCAAUGCAACAACUCAAGAAAAAAUACCCGAGCUGUUUUACUCGCCUGGGCUCCAUUCUGCUUCUCUAGGCCUCCAAACUGUUUUACCCGGUCGCUCAGCCACUUAUACACGGUCGGGUAUUCUAGUGACCUGACCGGGUAUUUUGCAUGUCAGCUCAUCCUCGCCGCCAACUCUCCAUUUUUGACGCAAAACUCGCUUCCAAGCCUCCAUGUCCACGCCAAGUCCUGAAAUAUGACAUAAACGCACAACCUAGUGUGAGAUCGCCUUAAAACACGAGAAUCGACUCUCAAACGGUUCAAUAAUGGUGACCAAAACAUGUGCAUAUAACGGUCUGUUAGGCUCAUUUACGUAUUUAAUGAUAAAAUUACACUAAUUAAAUAGUUGUUAAUAUACAAUUUGAUCAUACGCCUAUUAACCUACAUCUCAAAAGUAAAGAACUAAUUUUUAUUAGCUGGACUCGAACCUAUUGGUUGCCUACAUACCCGAGUAGUCGGGAUCAAAAUCCAUAUAGUUCGAUCAAAUAAUUUGGAAUGUGAGUCAUUAUCACAUUCUAUUGACUCGUGAUUCGGUGAUUCAUAAUCUGGUUAAAUUGUCUUUAGAAAAGUGUCAUUCAAUGAUUAAUCUUGCUUAUAUAAAUGGUAAUGUGUUAAAUAAAUUUAAUAUCAGCAUUCUCAUUAUCAGUUUAUUACUUAACGAAAGAUUAUUAUGUUCUAUUGAUUCGUGAUUCAAUCUGAUUAGGGAUGAAUAAUUAUGAAAUAUUGGAGGAUUAAUUGAAAAAGGAAGUCAUUAUAGUUUAAACGGUUAAGGUAUUAAUAGGGAGUUAGUGAGCAAACUCUCAUCGCUAAAUCACGCAACCUCUCUCUUCCUUCGCUUUCUCUACCUUUGUCUGCAAAACUAAAUUUGAUCUCCCUCGCCUCUUCUCUCGAUCUUCUGAUCCAUUUAACUCUAGCGAACCAAAAAAGCGAAGAAGGGAAAGAAAAGCUCUCUUUGAUCUCGUCUCCUCCCUCGUAUUCUUUCAGGAAACCGAGCAAGUACCAAAAAAAGAAAAACAACGAUGAUGCUUCACACAACACUCAAAUCGAUAAUAAGUUAAGAUUCGAGGCUUGCAUGUUGAUUUUAUGAUAUGGGUAUUGGGGAUUUUGAUGCAUAUUAUUUAAGUGUUUUGAUAUGAAUUUUCGGUUAUUGGAUCUAGGGGAGAGGAGGGAUAGCCGCUAAUCAGAGUCCAAUCAGAGUCCAGAGAUAGUGAGGGUUCGCAGGCGGGUGGCGACAGAGAAUAGGGGAAACAUUGGCCAACCGACGAUAGCCGGACCAGCGACCGACAAUGGCGGAGCUAAGAUCAUUUCUUUUACAUUUUUACAUGUCGCAUUUGAUUGUCUUGAAAACUUAAUAGCUACCUCAGUUCAUGUUGGGCGCAACGGGUGAGAACAACGAGUAAAUAUAUUAAAUUAAAAAUC